UGCCCCUAUGCCAAGAAACAGCAAAUGACCAACGGCAGCUCCAUCACCAAUUUCAUCCUGCUGGCAUUUGCCAACACACGGGAGCUGCAGCUCUUGCACUUCUGGCUCUUCCUGGGCAUCUACCUGGCUGCCCUCCUGGGCAAUGGCCUCAUCUUCACCACUGUAGCCCAUGAUCAGCGCCUCCACACCCCCAUGUACUUUUUCCUCCUGAAUCUCUCCAUUCUUGACCUUGGCUUCAUCUCAACCACUCUCCCCAAAUCCAUGGCCAAUUCCCUCUGGAACACCAGGACUAUUUCCUACUCCAGAUGUUCUGCCCAGUUUUUUUUCUUUUUGUUUUUGAUGUCAGCAGAAUUUUUUCUUCUCACCAUCAUGGCCUAUGACCGCUACGUUGCCAUCUGCAAACCCCUGCACUACGGGACCCUCCUAGGCAGCACAGCUUGUGUCUGCAUGGCAGCAGCUGCCUGGGGCAGUGGGUUUGUCACUGCUCUGCUGCACACUGCCAGUACAUUUUCACUGCCACUCUGCCAGGGCAAUGCUGUGGACCAGUUCUUCUGUGAAGUCCCCCAGAUUCUCAAGCUUGCCUGCUCACACGCGUACCUCAGGGAAGGUGGGCUUGUCAUGUUUACUGCUUUUGUAUUUUGGUGGUGUUUUGUUUUCAUCGUGCUGUCCUAUGUGCGGAUCUUCAGGGCCGUGCUGAGGAUCCCCUCUGAGCAGGGACAGCACAAAGCCUUUUCCACGUGCCUCCCUCACCUGGCCGUGGUCUCCCUGUUUAUCAGCACUGGCACGUUUGCCUACCUGAAGCCUCCUUCCAUCUCGUCCCCAUCCCUGGACCUGGUGGUGGCAGUCCUGUACUCGGUGGUGCCUCCAGCAGUGAACCCCCUCAUCUACAGCAUGAGGAACCAGGAGCUGAAGGAGUCCAUCAGGAAAGUUAUUUCAGGGAUGGCUCUCAACAGUGGUAAAUUUUCCAUCACUCUUCAGAAGUGA